UUUGCUCACAAACUGAUCUCACAUGUCAUUUCCACCGAGAUGCCUGAAAAAAAAUACAAAUUACGCCUGAACAAAAACCUUUCUUGAAAUAAUUAAGUCGUUUUUUACGGAUUUCUGUGGAUUCAGAAAGUAUUUGGAAAAUGAAGGUUCGCGUGAAAAGUUUUUUGUCCGUUCCUGACCGGCGUUUUACAGAGACACUUGGACCAGACGCUCAUUAGUAUAUAAAGGUAACCGGUGUCUGCGGAGCUUCAUCAGCUUUUAGCAACAUGUUUUACUGUGAGUUUUUCUCACAGUCACUUAAAAUAAACACUGUGUUCGGUACCGAAUGCUGAGCUUAAUGACAAAACGAACAAAAUGGACUCUGAGAGCUGAAAGACAAGUCGGAGACAAGACUGAAAGACACUCAGGAGUGAUGGAGGUGUUUGAACAAAUCCCCACGGAAAGAGAGUUGGUGUUCCAGGCUAGAUUACUGUGUCGGGAGUUUAUGUACUCCAGGAUCACUCGGGAAGGACUGAGCUGGUCUGCUGUGGAUGCUGUUCCUCCUGCAGCUCCUGCAGCUCUCACACACGCAGCUUUGGUGCUCCUCAAGCUGGGUGAUGAACUGGAGAACAUUCAGCCACACGUGUAUCGGAACAUCGCCAAACAGCUGAACAUCUCCGUGGCCUUGGAGGUGGUGGUGACGGACGCUUUUCUGGCUGUAGCCUCUGAAAUCCUCUCUCUCGGAAUCACAUGGGGGAAAGUGGUGGCCAUCUUCGCAGUGGCUGGCGGUCUGGCGGUGGACUGUGUGCGACAUCAGCAUCCAGCUGUAGUGCUUACUAUAGAGGAGAGUCUAGGGGAGUUUGUGAGGAAGAGUCUAGUGCCCUGGCUCAGGAGGAGAGGAGGAUGGAGCGACAUUUUGAAAUGUGUGAGGAACGUAGAGAACCGCUCUCAAUCACACUGGCUCUCGUCAGUUGUUGUGACCUGGAGACACCUUGUGAAGAUGAUCUACAUCUACCUGAUGAAGUAACUGUGAGCCAUCAAGGACUUUUUUAAUUUCAAAAGCUCCAGAUAAACAGACGCUGGUGCCCUCCAGUGGCUCUACUCUGUACUACACUCUUAAAAUCAAUGCUCAGUUUCACUUGAACACGUUCAGUACAAAUUUAACAAAGUAGAUAUAAAUUAUAAUGAUUUAGAGUUGAAAGGGAAAAAAAAUAUUAAACAGGAGAUGCUCCUUUAAUUAAAUGUCCAUAAUAAGGGCAGUUGUGUUCAUUCACACAAUAACAGCAUUAAUAAACAAUUAAAGUUGAUUUAAAUAAAUAUAUUAAUAUUGAAUAUCAUUUCUACUGUACUUUAAGCCACGCCCAUUUAUGAGAGAAGCAGUGGAUUGUCUUCAAGGCUGUCUCUGUUUUUCACAGUUUUAUUUAAUAUUUAUUUUUAUAUAUUUAUAUUUUAGUGCAAUCCUAUUGCUAGCGUGUUGGUCUGAAUCCAACGCUGAGGUUUUUAUACUGUGUGAAAUAUGUUUCUUCUGUUGAGUUUUAUCUUGAUUUUUAUUGCAUGAAUUUUAUUUCUGAUGUUUUCUCACGUUGAUGUGGAGAAUCAUGCUGCACUUUUGGUUUGUGUUGGAGCACUUGAAUA